AUGUAUUGCAACUACCUUGGAAACUACUAUGGUAGCUACGGCUGUGGCCUUGGCUAUGGCUGUGGCCUUGGCUAUGGCUCCCGCUAUGGCUGUGGCUAUGGCUCCCUCUAUGGCUGUGGCUACGGUUCCGGAUAUGGCUGUGGCUAUGGCUCCCGCUAUGGCUGUGGCUACGGUUCUGGAUAUGGCUGUGGCUAUGGCUCCCUCUAUGGCUGUGGCUACGGUUCCGGAUACGGCUGUGGCUAUGGUUCUGGAUAUGGCUGUGGCUAUGGUUCCAGAUAUGGCUGUGGCUAUGGUUCCAGAUAUGGCUGUGGCUAUGGCUCUGGAUAUGGCUGUGGCUACGGAUCUGGAUAUGGCUCUUCUUGCUGUAGCUACCGGCCAUUUGUCUACAGGAAAUGCUAUUCUUCUUGCUGCUAG